AUGCCUCAUUCAACUACAGAGCAAGAACAAACUGUCAACACUAGCAAGAGCCAUGGAGAUUGGCGUGACGACCUUUUCCGGGAUGGUUAUGUUGUGGUCAAAAAUGCCAUACCAGAACAGAGGUGUCAAUAUUACAUCGACCAGAUGUUCAAAUGGCUCGAGAAGUUCCCGUUCGGCUUCAAGAGGGAUGAUCGAUCCACGUGGACUCCGGAGCGUCUUCCCACUCAUAUGAAGGGCGGUAUGUAUCAUGGCUAUCGAGUACAGCAUGAACGCUUCAUGUGGGAGGCCAGACAGGAACCAAAAGUUUUGCAAGCGUUCGCCAGACUCUGGGGAACCGAUGAGCUGUUGGCUUCCUUCGAUGGCAUGAACUUCACUUUACCGUCAGGCACUCAGCUGCCACCUACGGAGCCCUGGCCACACAUUGACCAGUCUCCACGCAGAAAAGGGCUUCAAUGUGUGCAGGGCAUCUUGAAUUUCGCUCCCAAUGGCAUUGACGAUGGUGGUCUUCUCGUCAUGAAGGGUUCACACAAUCUUAUGCAGGAGUUCUUCAAGAUCCAUCCGGACGUGAUGGACAGACCGACCUGGGGCCCAGACGACUGGUUUGGCUUCUCUCAGGACGAGUUGAACUGGUUUGAAGAGCGAGGCUGUGAGAUUCUCAAGGUCUGUGCAGAUCCUGGGGAUUUGAUCUUGUGGGACUCCCGGACGAUGCAUUUCAACCAAGUGCCCAAGAGUCAGAACCUCAGGGCCAUUAUUUAUGCGUGCUAUACACCUGCAUCCUUUGCAUCUUCCCAAGAUCUCAAAACCAAGGCCGAACUCUUUGAUCAGAGAGCUGGAACAACACACUGGCCGCAUGCAAAUCUCCAUCCCAACGUCGAAAAGAAACUUCGUCUCGGAAAAGAAGAUUCGGCUGAACGAGAUCGUCCGUUCGAGGAACCUGAAGAGUCGGAAAUCGUGUUGAAGCUUGCAGGAAAGCUAGCCUACUGA